AAUGAAUUCGGAGCAACGCGUCGGGUCGCGCCGUUGCCUUGGAUACCUGAAUACCAAACACCUAAAAAAAACGGAAAAACUUUUUUCCACUUAAACGAAGCGUGUCCAUAAGUCAACACGAUAAGACUUUAGACUUAACUCUAGAGGAAUGAAGUCAAAUGGGGGCUGAACAACAGCAACACCCUCCUCCUCCUCCUCCACCACCAACCCCACCCGUGAGACUUCUCUCAAGUCACCGCUUGAGCAAAAACUUUAUCCUGUUGAGAAAUGCAAUAAGAAUGCGUGGAGGACGGGCCUGCGCCUUGACGCUGUCGUAACACACGGUAGUAGUAAGUUAGUAGUAGUUGUCAAAUCAAAGUUGUUUUCUACUUUCGGUGAUGCGAGCGGACAUUAAGGACCAUGACCACUAACGCCAUCUACGAGAUGGACCCCGUGAAUGAGAUGGAUGAACUGGAGGGGGACGCGUUCUCGGGCAUGAUAGACGAGGAAGUCGUUUACCCCGAGGAGUUUUUACCAACGUAUCACAGUAUUAAAGAAGGAGCAACAAUCACCAAAGCACUACUGGCCGAGUUUAACGGCAAACCCGACUCCCUGUUCUUCAACGACGGCGUGAGGAGGAUCGACUUCAUCCUCGUCUACGAAGAUGAGGAUAAGAAGGACUUUGAUAAGAGGCACGUGUUUCAGCGGCGCAAGAGGCGGCGAGAGUACUUCGAGGCCAGCCUGAUGAAGAUGGGAAUGGAGCUGGAAGCGACCAAAUCCGUGAUAGAUGACAAACUGCUAUUCGUGAAAGUCCACAUGCCGUGGGAGGUGCAGUGCACCUACGCCGAAGUCCUGCACAUCAAGCUGCCCAUCCAGCCCAACGACCUGUCCUCGCGCCCCUCCCCGUGGCGCUUUUUCUCCUGCAUCACCAAGCACUUCUACCCCAACAAAGACCGGAUCGCCAAGCAGUCGGAGUUCUUCACCGCCCCCUUCGAGAAGGACCGCCUGGAUUACUUCUACGUGAAGGACAAAGACGUCUUCUUCAACGCGUCCAUGAGGAGCAGAAUGGCAUUUUACAUCCUUAGUCGUGCCCCCUAUGAAAUACGAGGGAACAUUAAGAAGUUUGGCAUCACCAAGCUGCUGGAUGGAGGAGUGUACCAAGCUGCCUAUCCCCUCCACGACUGCAGGUUCAACGUCAAGUCCAAAGAGGAGAGCUGCCCCGAAGAGAGGUUGCUGCUCUAUGAAGAAUGGGCUCAUCCAAAAAGCUUCUACAAGAUGCAACCACUUAACCUCAUUCGGAAGUACUAUGGAGAGAAGAUUGGCAUUUACUUUGCCUGGUUGGGUUUCUACACAAUGAUGCUGGCUCUGGCUGCUGUUGUGGGACUCAGUUGUUUCAUUUAUGGAUACAGGACUCAAGAAACCAGCACCUGGAGCAAAGAGGUGUGCGAUCCUGACAUCGGAGGGAAUAUUGUGAUGUGCCCGCAGUGUGACAGAGAAUGCAACUACUGGAAGCUGAACAGCACUUGCGAAGCUUCGAAAAAACUUUGCAUAUUUGAUAACUAUGGAACAUUGGUGUUUGCAGUUUUUAUGUCAAUCUGGGUCACUUUGUUCCUGGAGUUUUGGAAGCGUUACCAGGCGGAGCUGGAGUACACGUGGGACACAGUGGAGUUUUUGGAGCAGGAAGAGCCACCGCGCCCAGAAUAUGAAGCAAAGUGUGUCCACGAGAGGAGGAACCCCAUCACAGGGGUUAAAGAACUCGUGCCCCACACAGCCUGUGAACGAUGCGUUCGGGUGUCAAUAGGAAUUGGCACAGUCUUAUUCUGGAUUCUGUUGAUCCUGGCGUCCAUUGUGGCCAUCAUUAUUUACCGCCUGGCUGUCUUUUUCGCCUUCUCGGCUAAACUCAGAGUUCAGGACCUGAAGGAACUGGAGCCCUUAAAGGAGUAUGUGACGCCUCAGAUGGCCACUUCUGUCACGGCCUCCCUCAUCAGCUUUGUUGUAAUCAUGAUCCUCAACCUUCUCUAUGAGCGCGUCGCCAUCUGGAUCACCGAUUUUGAGCUGCCCCGGACCAAGACCGACUACGAGAACAGCUUGACCAUGAAGAUGUUCCUCUUUCAGUUUGUCAACUAUUACUCCUCGUGUUUCUACAUCGCUUUCGUCAAAGGGAAGGCGGUUGGCUAUCCUGGAAAUCCGGUUUACCUCUUGGGAAAAUACCGGAACGAGGAGUGCGAUCCCGGGGGUUGUCUGAUUGAGCUGACGACUCAGCUGUCCAUCAUCAUGGGCGGUAAAGCCAUCUGGAACAACAUCCAAGAGAUCUUGCUACCGUGGGUGAAGAAUUUGAUUUUACGCCACUGCACGCGCGGUGCUUCAGAGGCGGCGAUCCCUCGCUGGGAGCAGGACUACCGACUGCAGCCACUCCCAAAACUAGGACUGUUCUACGAAUAUCUGGAGAUGGUCAUCCAGUUUGGCUUCGUGACCCUGUUCGUUGCCUCCUUCCCUCUGGCGCCGGUCCUGGCUCUGGUCAACAACGUGUUUGAGAUUCGAGUGGACGCCUGGAAAAUCACCACUCAGUUCCGCCGCAUCGUGCCGGAGAAGGCGCAGGACAUAGGGGCCUGGCAGCCCAUUCUACAAGGCAUCGCCAUAUUGGCUGUUGCGACCAAUGCGAUGAUCAUCGCUUUUACAUCGGAUAUGAUUCCACGGUUGGUCUACUACUGGUCUUUCUCCGUGUACCCGUACGGAAAUCACUCCAACCACACCAUGCAGGGCUACAUCAACAGCUCGCUGUCCGUAUUCAACAUCGACGACUUCUCCAAUUAUAGCAAGCCCUUGAUGACCCCUUACAACAUCACCACCUGCAGGUAUCGAGAUUUCCGAUACGGUCCUGGGCACCGGAGGCAGUAUGAGUACACUAUCUACUACUGGCACGUGAUCGCUGCCAAGAUGGCUUUUAUAAUCGUCGUAGAGCACAUUGUUUACCUCACCAAGUUCAUCCUGUCCUACGCGAUCCCAGACGUCCCAUACGCUGUCAAAGAACAGAUCAAACGAGAGAAGUACCUGACCCAGGUCAUCCUCCACGAGACCAACCUCAAGCUGGUGUCCAAGCGUCUGAAGCCAGUCGACGACGAGCCGCUCAACUACGGGAGAGUGAACCUGACGGGGCAGGAGAUGGAACUUGAUUCCCGACAGUAGACCAGGUGGACGAAGACAUCAGAUCAUACAGUACACACAUGACUACCCAGUUUAUUGCAAGACUUAGCCACAUCUGUUAACGCCUUGUCAACCAGUAACAAAGUAACAAAACCACUUUUUCAGCCCGGUCUGAUGUCCUCACAGUGUGCAAAAGGAAAAAAGAACAGUGCAUCUAACCUCAAUCAUUGCUGAGAGUGCCUUUGAUUCGUCUGCAUGCAUUAUUGUAACUUGUUUUUGAUGUUACAGCAGUAAAAACACUUGUUAAAUCACUGCAACGCAUUUUGAAACUUGAAUAACACCAACUAUUUGGUGUAUAAGCAAAAAAUACAAACAAUCUUCGCUUAGCUAUUCCAGGUCUUUCAGCCAUAUCCCAUGGUCUUCAAUCACAGAAAUUUGGUCCGUGUUGGCCUAAAAGAAAAGAUUGAUUGAACUAUGGUCGUGUGUAGACCUUGUUUUUUUGUCUAAAACAUUUUAUGUAUGUUUUCAUCAACAUUGGCUUCUAGUUUAAUGACUAUAUUUGAUUUGAACUUGGCUAUAUAUAUAUAUAUAUUGGCACUGCUGCGGCAUCAGUCUGUAAAAUCGGUUUAGUUGUAUACUGUCAUAAAAUAUCAGUGUUAUUAUAUACAAAAAGGAACCACUCUCAAAUUCAUUUUUGAUGAUGAAUAUGUAUUUCUUAUCUAAUCUUAAUAAUUUAAAACUGAAUGCUAUUUCAUCAGUACACCAAAAGGCUAUUCAGUUUGCCAAAUAUUUUUUAUUAAAAGGAAGUAAUGGCAGUCCUGUGAAGUCCUGUUUUUUUUUUCUAUUCCCGGACUCUCAUUUCCUGUACUGUUAUGCACUUUUUACUCCUGUGCCAUGCAAUGCAAUGCACAACAUUUUAAGCUACAAGUUUUAUCCUGUGAUAGACAUUCAUUUGGUAUUUCCUGUGUCACUUCUGAACUCUAUGAUCAACACCUGUGCUGCAUUGUUCCCUCGUCUUGUGAUUUGAACUAUGGUACUAUAUUGAUGUAUUGUACAUAACAGUGUUGUAUACCAGCAAUAUCUGGUGGUGUCGUUCUUGUCUUUUUGUUUUAUGUUGUCGGUGCCAUGAAAUGUGUUUUAAAGCUUACUUUAAAGACUGUCCAAGGAUUAAAAACAACUUUUCACCAUAUCUUUCACCUCAGACUUAUUUAGAAGUGUUCCCUGAUGCACCUGAAAUAAAAAAUGAUCAGCUAUGUCA